AUAUAUGUACAAAUACAAUAAAACCUUGUAUAUAUAAUAAGAAUUAAGAUGGGUGUAUUAAUUAAAACUUCUAGUUGUACAGGAUUAAAUUCAUUAAAUUGUUAGUUAGAAUCAAAAUCAAAUGGAGAUUAUUAUUGGAAUGGCUCCAACCGUGUCGAUAGAACAUGUGCAAAUCUUGUACCAUUUUCUCAUGAUAAUUAUUUACAUUUUGUACUGAUACAUUCUAUAUAGCUCACAGAUUGAUAAAAUGUUAAUAAGAAAUGCACAACAAAUGGAGGAACAGGCUGUAUUGGUCUAGUUUAAUGUUCAUCUUAUACUUCAAAAGCGGGAUGUGUAAAUACAUCUAGAGCUAUUAUAUUUUGCGGUAAUUGUAAAUGGGAUCUUACAACAAGUACUUGAAAAGAUUAAUCUUGUACUGAUUUAAUUGGUAUUAAUCACUCUAAUUGUGUUUCCUAAUUAUCAAUAUGUACAUCAGAUGGACUUAAAUUAAUACUUAAAAAAAAAUAUUACUCCUAUACAAAUGCGCCUGGAUCUGAUGAACUUUGCUAUUGGAAACUUGCAUCUCCUACCAAUAAUAAUUCUAAAUGUAGAAUAUUUACUUGUACUGAUAUUCAAAAUGGUACAUCUACAAAUAUUUUUGUAGUAGCAUUAUUGUCUUGUAUUUCUAAUGAUACUAAUUGUACAUCUGGAACUAAUACCUAAUCUACAUUUCGUACUUGCACUAUUAAUCAAGUUACUUAUAGAGCAUGUACUAAAUUCUUAAAUUGAGAUAAAUAAACUUAAUAAUUUUGUACAAUCUUUAAUGAUAAAUGCAUCAGUAAAUACCAAUAAACAUUAUUUAAUAAUGAAUGCUGCUUAAUUACUGGAUAUACAUAUAGUGAGAAUUCAUAAACUAAUUGCAUUUUUGUUUGCUCUAAGGUUGUUAUUUAACUUAAUUCCAUCAUUAAUAACACAUAAGAUUAGAAAAAUAAUAGGACAAUAGAUUUCGAAUAAAUUCUUAAAUUAACAACAUCAUUAUGGAAUAUUUGAUAUUUUGAUUAGAUUUUUUGUAAAUUUAAAUAUUCAUGUUAAAUAAAUAGUUUGUAUUUUUUAUAGAUCUUAAGAAAAU